AUAAGCAUUAUUUGCAUAAUGAAAAAUGAAUCUGAGUUGCGGGUGCGUGUAAUGGCUCCACCUAUGACUUUGGUGAUACGAAGAAGUCAAAAUGAAAAGAAAAGAAUGAAAACAUGGCGAUCGAGUCGAACGUUAUAGACGAUAGAUCAAAGAACGAAGACGACAGCGAGAAGCAGAGCAUGAAGAAUCCUCCACCGUCACUCCGCAACCCCGAAGAUCCCAACGCGACACAAAUCGGUGAGACUAAAAGGAUUUUCAAGAAAUUGAGGAAGAUUCAUGAGAAGAUGGCGGCAAAAGCGGCGGUCAUGGGGGCUGAGGCAAGUAGCUUGAGGGCGGAGAUGGAUGAAAUGGUUGCUGCUGCUGAACAGAAGAAAGAAGAGUUCAAAUCGGUUAAGGAAAAACGAGACAGACGCCUGGCUAAAUACCUGCUUAUGUCAGUAAAAGAGCAGGUCCUUUGGGAGAUUCUGUUUCCCUCGAGCGGAAACUACUGAAAAUCCAAUGGGCCGUUGUUGCCUAAUUGUAUUGGGUGUUUCCGUACGUUUAUGCUAUUUUUAGGUGCUUUCGUUCUCUAUUGGUAUGUUGUGUGUGACUAUUUAUGUAUUUGCAUUCUAGAGUCUGGUUUUAUGUCCUGUUUUCAUAUAAUGAAGCAACUAUAGAUUCAGAGAAUAUCUUGGGUUUCCAAUUGAAUGUCUGUGUUUCCAAUUAUAUAAAAAUUUUCGAGUUAA